AUGCAAGCAACCAAAAUGCGAACACCCUUUGCCAUACAGGAGAUCCUUGGCCUUGGCGUCGGCGUCGGCGUCGGUGCCUAUCAACAGCAACAGCAGCAACAGCAACAGCAGCAGCAACAACAAUCGUCGCAGGCAGCUGCCGCUGCCACGCCCAGCGCCAACGAGGCGCCACUUUCACCGGCCGCCACGCCCCCGCCGCGAAACGCCAACACACCGCAACAGUCGGCGGUUAGCAGCAGCGCCCAAAACGCUGCCCAAACGCUGGAGCAGCAGCAGCAGCAGCAGCAGACGAACUCACGCGAUUCCCGCUCCAUUUCGCCGGACGUGACACGCUUGUCGGCGGCCGCUGCCGCCGCCGCCGCAGCCGCUGCCGCCCACUGCCAGCUGCCCGUGUUCAAUCCGGCGAAUUUCUAUGCUGCCGCCGGCUAUGCCGCUGCCGCCGAUCCGGCCAACGCAGCGGCCGCCCAUCAUCAUCAUAUGACGACGCUGGCGGCGGCCGCCUAUCUGCGGGGCUUUCUGCCGCCCGGCUUCAGCACGCCCCACGAGUUUCGCGGCCACUUUCAGCAGCAUUUCGGCGCCCAGUUUGCAGAACAAGCGGCCGCACGUGGCCAGGACUAUGCCAGCAGCCUGGCCAAUGCCAGCGGCGAUGAGCAGUCGCCCAGCAAAUCUGGCGCCGCGGCUUCGGACACUGGCGGCCUGCUCGGCUCACCCACGGCCCUCAGCAAUGGCCAAGCGGGCGGCGCAGCCAAUGGCGCCAGCAGCAAUGGCCACAGCGCGGGCUCCGGCUCUGGCUCUGGCUCUGGUUCAACGGCCAGCCGCUGCUCGCCCUCGGCCCCGACGACGACGGUAGCCCAUCAUCAUGCCGCUCUGGCGGCACAUCAGCAUGCUGCGGCAGCGGCAGCGGCGGCACAUCAUCAUGCCGCUGCCGCGGCGGCCGCCCAUCAUGCACACCACGCCCAUGCGGCGCAUCAUGCGCAUGGCCAUGUCCACGGACAUGUGCAUCAUGCGCAUGAGGCGGCAUUUUUGGGCGCCGGCGGCGCUGGCGGCGCAGCCAAUCCGAACGGCCUGCUGGCCGGCCAUGGCGGCGAUGUGCUCGUCGGCCCCGGUGGCGCUGGUCCCGGCGGCAAGAAGAAGAACAAGCGCCGACACGGACGCACCAUAUUCACCAGCAGCCAGCUGGAGGAGCUGGAGAAGGCCUUCAAGGAGGCCCACUAUCCGGAUGUCAGCGCCCGGGAGCUGCUCUCCAUGAAGACGGGCCUCGCCGAGGAUCGCAUACAGGUCUGGUACCAGAAUCGACGCGCCAAGUGGCGCAAAACGGAAAAGUGCUGGGGCCACAGCACCAAGAUGGCCGAGUACGGUCUGUACGGUGCGAUGGUGAGGCACUCGCUGCCGCUGCCGGAGACAAUCAUCAAGUCGGCCAAGGAGGACGAGUCCGUGGCGCCCUGGCUGCUGGGCAUGCACAAGAAGUCGCUGGAGGCCGCCGAGCUGCUGAAGAGCGACGAGAGCGACCGGGAGACGCCCACCUCGGACGACACGAACACUUCCUACUCGGCGGGCAGCACGCACAACUCGCCCAUAUCCAGCUUCUCGAUAUCGCGUCUGCUGUUCGACGCGCCGCCGCCACCGCCCGGCUCGGCCGGCGGCAAGCAGAGCAAGCAUGCGGCCCACGCCCAUGCGGCGCACGCCCACCCGUACAACCAGCAGCAGCAUCUGCACCACCUGCAGCAGCUCCAGCAGCAGCAGCAGCAGCAGCAACAGCAGCAGCAACUGGCCGAGCAGCAUCAGCAGCAGCAGCAGGCGGCAGCGGUGCAGCAUGCGAUGCACAUGCACCACCAUGGCACCGCCGGCUAUGCCGAGGCAGCUGUUGCUGCUGCCGCUGCCGCCGCGGCGGUUGCAGCGCGCAAUGCCGCUGCUGCGGUUGCCGCCGCGGCCGCCGUUUCCGUUUCCGUUUCCGUUGCCGAGUCCGAGCCGGAGGAGGAGCCCGAUGAGGAUGAGGACAUGGACAAGGAUUGCGAUGCCGAUGCCGAUGUCGAUGCCGAUCCCGAUGCGGAUAUCGAUGCGGAUGUCGAUGCGGAUGUGGAUGGCGAUGCCGAUGGCGACAUUGACAUCUGCGACGACGAGGACGAAGCGCUGUCGCAUCAGCAGCUCCUGCUCAAGGUCAAGCAGGAGCAUAUUGAAAUCGAUCCUACAGAGACCUAA